AUUCGUGACGAUAUUUUAUUGAGAAAAUUAAGGAGACCAAAUCCAACUGGGUCUCGGGAUUAGAACAUGCCUCUGCCUCGUGAUAUUUUUUGAGAAAAUUAAGGAAACCAAGUCCUAUCUCAACUCAACAAUCCCCACGUUUGGGGUACAUAGAAACUACUAUGUGGGUCAGCCACAAAUCACUAAUCGAUCUGAACGAGAAACAACCCACAUUCUCGAUCAAAAAUUCACGGAAACUCAGCAGCUCUGGUGACGGUCGGCGGCUCAGGCGACGAUAAGAGCAGGGGCAACACAUGCACGCUGUCUUGAAGUGGAAUCGGGGAGAAUCUUAAGAAGCCAGAAGGAUUUGGUUUUUAAAGUAGAUAUUUCUUAUCGUUAUGAUAAUGCCAGAAGACGGUGAGGGAAAAGGCAGUUGGUGUUCACUUCCAGUUCUCCUUUUAUGGAUGAUAAAAGAUAAGCUAGAUAUUUUUGAUAAUGGGCAAUUUGCUGCUGUUUGUCGCAAUUGGUGGUCUGUAUCAGUAAGCGAUCCCAAAAGGCUUCAAUCUGUUGGAGACGGUUUGCCAUGGAUCUGCCAACCGAGCUCUGACUUUGGUGGCAGUUCACUGGAGUUCAUCAGUGUUACUAGGGAACGUAAAUUUACCAUCGACCUGCCAGAAUUUCGUAAAGCUUCAGUUGUUUCCUCAAAAUGUGGAUGGAUUCUUCUGAGUAGGAGCAACUUCAACACCCCGCCAAACAGAAGGCAAAGGCGGUUGCCUGAUUCUUUGUUUCUAGUAAACCUCUUUACGGGGGAAAAAGUAAAAUUGCCUGAUUUAUUCGAUAUUCCAGCAGGACGGUAUCAAAGUUCAUUUUCCAUCCAUGAGGGCUAUCCGCACUGUGUUGUCCUCCUUAAGUUUGGUCGCUUUGGUGGUAAUUAUAUGAGUCCUCAACUUACUAUUCAAACUGCCUAUCCAGGUGAUGAAGUGUGGACUGAGCAUCCCUAUUUGGGUCAGAGGACAGUAUUGAACGGAUGCACUAAUUUAGUUACUAUGGGGCGGCAUGUUUACUGCUAUAAUGGAUGCGGACCAUGCGGUCAAUUCGGAAGGAUGAUUAUCUACAACAUGGAUAGUGAUUUGUGGAAAGAAUUACCCGGAUCAGAAGUGGGGCUAAGUUAUAUUGCAGAGCAUGAUGGGGAGAUAGUUAAAAUGGUCCGAGAGGUCCGAGAGGGCAAUUACUUUUCCUAUAAGUUAUUCAAGUAUAACGAUGCCGAUACUGCAUGGGAGAGGUUGAACAACGAUGCCAUGAGGGACACAAGUUGGUACUUGUGUGACCCACAUAAUUGCUUCUUCUCUGCCAAGGAACAAGGUAUGAAAGUUUAUGAUCUUUGUCCUUGCCGAAACACGCGUGGUUUUAAAUGUUGUGAUGCUGUUGAUGUCCAUGAUUUAUUAGCUGGAACUAGGCAAACGCUCCAUCUUCCCUAUCAGGUUCAAAUGUUCGGAACUUGGGUAGGUAUUGGUUAGCCAUAUAUACCCCUUGUUGGACACGCAAUAACCCUAUUUAGACAGCAAUUAAAAGGGUAAGAGAAUUGGUUUAGAUGAGGGACGUGAUUAAUAAAUUGUGGUUUGUUUUAGUUUGGAUUGGUCAGACUUGAACCCAUGUUGCUCCUUCUUAUCUUGUUUUGCCUUAAUUUAUUAUCCUUAAUGCA